GCAAACUUGGUCGGUAGUAGUCGAUGGAGGCGUGAGGGGCGGCGGGCAACGGGGAAGGUAUUCGAGUUCAUCCGGAAGGCCCAAAGUUGUGGAUUUGACUCCAGAGGGCUGGCGGGCUAGAAGAAACCAAGGGCUAGCGACUGGCGAUGUAGUGUGGGUUCUGGGCCGCUCAGUGGAUGGAGUUGACUGAGGUCAUGGCCAAUGGCUCUGGAAUGAAUCCCAUUCGAUGGAGCAGAGCAAGGAGAGUAUCCACAUGCGUCGUCCCUGGUCGCCGCCGCCGGUCUUCCGUCCCGUCGGUUGGCCUGCGAUUUGUGUUGACGUCGAGUCAGCGCCGGGCUGUUGUGGAGUCUCGCACAAGCAGUGCCGUGCGGUCGGAGCUGAAUAGCUAGCGGAAUACGGACACAUGCCAAUAAAGUGUGUGAUUAACGUUCAAGUUGGGGAUGCUCUCGGGUUCAUCCCAGCUGUGGCGCACACUCUAAUGCAGGGGCAGGUACUCCGUACGGAUAUUCGUAUCGACCAAGGCCAUCUCGUCCGAAGAUGCGGCCACCCGAACUUCUGGCUAGGAGUCGGAACGAUGCAGCUUUACCAGUGGAUGUUGAAUGAUGUUUGUCGGGAGAAUUACGUCGAUAUCCUGAGGUGGCACCCGACGGUGGUUUACCAGACGCAAAAGGUACGUACAUUUGGAUUGUUGAUAAGAAAAGGUGCGUAAC